UUGGUCGCUAAACAAGUGUUUACAAGCAGAGCCGAAUGAAUUGAAUUGAAACAUUUCUCAUUAAUAAGAAGCUUCCGCUAAAAACUCAUUAAAAACAUUUUACAUCUCUUUCAAAAAUGCCAUUUAUAGAAAAGCGAAGCAUGACGGAUGGUUCUGUUGUGCCAUUUAAGAAACCCAGAACUGAAUUAGUUGCUAGAGAAAAUCAAGAUGCAUUCGGACCUCCUCGUACAUCAAGUCUUUUGGCUCCUAUUAUGUUGUUGACUGGUCACCAAGGAGAAAUUUUUUGUGGAAAUUUUCACCCAGAUGGAGGAUUUUUAGCAUCUGCUGGUUUUGACAGAGAUAUCUUUUUCUGGAAUGUGUAUGGAGAAUGUGAGAAUUUUGCUGUUUUAAAUGGACAUACCGGUGCUGUAUUGGAUUUGAAAUUUUCAACUGAUGGAGGAUACCUGUUUUCUGCUUCUACUGAUAAAACUGUAAGCAUAUGGGAUACUGAAGUUGGAGUUCGUAUAAAGAAAUUAAAAGGCCAUACUUCUUAUGUAAAUAGCUGUAGUCCUGCUCGUCGUGGCCCUCAAUUAAUAUGCAGUGGUGGUGAUGACUGUACUAUUAAAGUUUGGGAUGCAAGAAAAAGAGGAGCUCUUCAUUCUUUUCAAGACACAUACCAAGUUACUGCUGUAACGUUUAAUGAUACUUCUGAGCAGAUUAUAUCUGGAGGUAUUGAUAAUGUUAUUAAGGUAUGGGAUAUGCGAAAAACUGGAGUUUUAUACAAGAUGGUUGGCCACUCUGAUACUAUUACAGGAUUAUCCUUAAGCCCUGAUGGAUCAUAUAUUUUAUCCAACUCUAUGGACAAUACAUUAAGAAUAUGGGACAUAAGACCUUUUGCUCCUCAAGAAAGGUGUGUAAAAAUUAUUCAAGGACAUCAGCAUAACUUUGAAAAAAAUCUUCUAAAAUGUAGUUGGUCACCUGAUGGAAGUAAAGUAACAGCAGGAUCUGCUGAUAGGUUUGUUUACGUAUGGGAUACAACAAGUAGGCGAAUACUUUAUAAACUUCCAGGUCAUAACGGAUCAGUAAAUGAUGUCAAUUUUCAUCCAAAAGAACCAAUAAUUAUGUCUUGUUCCAGUGAUAAACAGAUUUACAUAGGAGAAAUAGAGGGAAGCUGAUUACCAUUUACUUCAUAUGUUUGAAACUGUAAAUAAAUUCUCAUUCAUAUACUUUUAA